ACACUCCGCUCUGGUUCCCGACGCUCGUGUUGGUCACCGAUGCACAGUCUUUUCGUCUUUACCAUCACCUGCCAUCAGUCGCUUUUAUCCGCUUCUUGUCAACAGGGGCCGUUGCGUGUUGAGCUUUCACUGCUUCCAUCCAUGAUACCCCUCCUGCCGACGGGGUUUCUGCCUAAUUCAAGAACGACCCCGGGUAAUUGUGCAAAGACCGUUUUGAGUAUAAUGUUGCGAUACUGCACCAUCUGUUGUGUCUCCAGGCAUGGCCAGGGGCAGUUGAGCAACUUACAUGCAUUUUGUCGCACGGCUCGGGCGUCGGCGUCUUGGCUGGCUGCAAUGCAUCGCAUACCAGCAUGACGAGGAUGAAGACGAGGAAGCGGAAGAGGAAGAGGAAGAAGAAGAAAGAGAGAGAAGUAAACUUCGACUUGGGGAGGAUCCCGCAUUCUUUCCAGCCUUGACAACCUCGGCACAUCAUUGCAGAUUCACGAACAAGCCGCACGUGGCUCCAUCGCUUCGCCCAAGUAAAUUCCAUCAAUCAUACUGAGGACUUGUCUCAUGUUUGGAUUCUUUCUCAUCGAAGCCCACCUCUGCGUAGCAAGAGAAACGAACGUCUAGGAUCAUGGCUUCUAUCCCAACAGUCUUCGUCUGCAGUGCCACCGGCUACCAAGGGGGAGGUCUGUGUCGGCGACUAAGAGAGCUGGGCUGGAACGUCCGCGCGACGACGCGGGACACGACGUCUCCUGCCGCCGUGGCCCUCAAGGACAUUGGGGUGCAGUUGAAAAAGGGCGACUGGGAUGAUGUUGCCGUGUUGAAGGAGAGCAUCGAAGGAUGUGAUAAACUCUUCCUAUGUCUUUUGCCAAACUGGGACGAUCCGAGUCAAGAGCGUCGCCAGUGCAAUAGCAUCUUGGACAUCGCAAAGGAAGCGGGAGUGGAGCACGUCAUUUCCUCCACCACGCUCGGCGUGGCCCUCCUGGAUGCAAAUGUGCCUGUGUACCCAGGCUCCUUCAUGGAGAAACACAUGAUCAACAAAAAAGCAGUCGAGCAAGCCGUCGAAGAUCGCGGGUUCCCCUACCAGACCUUCCUGCGCCCGACCUUCUUCAUGGCCAACUUCUUCGAACCCAAAGUCCAGCGGUACUCGGAGAUUCGCGAUGAGCGCCGCUGGACCACGGCCAUGACGGCCCAGACCCAGCUCCCCAUCCUCGACCACCUCGACAUUGGCAAGAUCGCUGCCGUCGCGUUCCAGAACCCCGAAAGGUUUCAUGGACGCAAGUUGGGGCUUGCGAGCGACCAGAUGGGCGUGCAGCAGAUGCUCGAUAUGAUUGCCGAGGCGGCCGGCCAGCCGGGAACCAUGGAAGCUUUGUUUCUAACCGAAGAGGAGACGGAGAAUCAGGCUGCCAUGACGGCUUUCAAGGCUACGCAUAAGAUUCUGAGACAUGCGGAUGAGUAUGUGGAUUUGGAGGAGCUGAAGGCCAUUGCUCCCCUGACGAGCUUCAAGGAGUAUUUGGAGCGGGAGAAGGAGUCGGUGAAACGGACUUAUCCUCCUAGGUAG